AUGGCACGUCCUCAGAACAAACCAACGGCCACGGCUAUCAAGCUACCCACCCUAAACUCGAAUCCAAAGUCGAAUCCCUCCUUGACUCGUUCGGUCACCUCAUCCACACUGCCUCAGCAAAAGGAAAAGGAAAACCAACCGGCCGACUCUGGCAACGCCGAUGACCAAGUCCUCGAAUGCCAGCACCAAAUCAAGGCAACCCUCACCGACAUCCUCAAUGACGACCGAGUGAAGCACAAUCCGGAUGGAAGUCGAUGUGUGCAGAAGGCCCUACUGGAUAAUGAGCAUGAUAUGCGGAAACAACGGAGACACUCGCUCAAUUCUACUACCAAGCGGCAGAUGAUGCUGUAG